ACGAAAUUAAAAGUGAGGCUUAGGAAAGAGAGGAAGGAAAGAGAGAGAUGGAAGAGAGGCUUGGAGGGAUGAGACACAUGCUGACAACGGUGUUCCUGUCGGCAUUCGCCGGAUUCUUGGUGACGCCGGUGAUGACUGACGUCACCGUCGCCGCGGUUUGCUCCGACCUAAACGAUACAUGUUCUUUCGCCGUCUACCUCACCGGAGUACAACAAGUGACAGUAGGACUAGGGACAAUGGUAAUGAUGCCGGUGAUCGGGAACCUAGCCGAUAGAUAUGGAAUCAAGACAUUGCUCACUCUUCCCAUGUGCCUCUCCAUUCUUCCUCCAGCAAUAUUGGGGUAUAGAAGAGAUACAAACUUUUUCUAUGCAUUUUAUAUAACCAAGAUUCUAUUCGAUAUGGUUUGCCAAGGCGCCGUUGACUGUCUUGCUCAAGCUUAUGUGGCAAAAAACAUUCAUGCCAGAAAAAGAGUAUCAAUGUUUGGAGUCUUAGCAGGUGUCAGAUCAGUUUCCGGAAUUUUUGCAACAUUCACAGCUCGUUUUCUACCCGUAGCUUCGAUUUUCCAGGUUUCAGCUAUAUCAUUCUUCGUUGCCCUAGUGUACAUGAGAGUUCUUUUAAAAGAGAGGCUACACGAUAAUGAUGACGACGACUAUCAUGAUGAUGGUGGUAGAAAUGAUCAAGAGAUUCAUGUUGGUGGUGACCUAAGGAUGUUAGCAGAGCCGAUUCUAAGAGACGCACCGAUUAAGACACAUGUCUUCAACACUAACUACUCAUCCUUGAAAGAUAUGGUCAGCUUGAUAAAGAAUAGCACCAUACUCAUUCAAGCAUUGGUUAUUACAUUCUUUGCUACCUUCUCACAAAGUGGAAUGGACUCUGCUUUCAUGUAUUUUCUGAAAGCCCGUUUUGGGUUCAACAAAAAUGACUUUGCUCAACUGAUGAUGUUGGUUAGCAUUAUUGGCUGUAUCUCCCAGCUGCUUAUACUGCCGAUGUUGGUUUCUACCAUCGGAGAACGUAGGAUGUUAUCAACAGGACUUCUUAUGGAAUCCUUCAGCGCGGCUUGUCUUAGUGUCGCUUGGUCAGCAUGGAUUCCUUAUGCCACGACCGUGUUUGUACCCGGAGUCAUGUUCGUAAUGCCAUCUGUUUAUGGUAUUUCCUCAAAACAAGUUGGGUCCGGUGAACAGGGGAAGGUCCAGGGAUGUAUAUCUGGGGUAAAGUCAUUUGCAGAAGUCGUGGCUCCAUUUGUAUAUAGUCCAUUGACAGCGUUGUUUCUCUCCGAAAAUGCACCGUUCUAUUUCCCUGGAUUUAGCCUUCUAUGCAUCGCCUUAUCCUGGAUGUUGGGAUUUCUUCAGAGUCUUCUCAUAAAAGAUGUUCCUUCUCCGUUAAUGAACAAUGAAAUCAGCAACAAUUCAAACGAGGAAGCGUGACAAGAGAGAGCUGUAUAUAUAUAAUCAUGCAUAUGCUGUAAAAUCUUCAAGCAAGUAAAAUGUAAAGAGUCAAGAAUUUUCUAACAUAACUUUUUUUAAAAAUUAUUUUACAACAAAAUUUUGUUGUAGUAAAGUAGUUGUGAACGUUACA